AUGACAAGCCCUGCCACCAGCCCACCGAACGAGCCAGGCUCAGUUGCGAAGGAAGAGAAACUAUCAAACUUUGGGACUGCGCCGGAGAAAACACCGGUAAAUGCAGUCACACAACCGCCACCCUAUACGGCCUUCUCUCGCCCCAAGAGAUUGUUCAUUCUCGCGCUUGUCACAGUGGCCGGCUUCUUGGGCCCAUUGGCAGGGAAUAUUUACCUUCCUGCCUUGCCUGUUUUAGGAAAUGAGUUCCAAGUAAGCGCUGCAGCUAUCAAUGCUACUGUUUCCGUAUUCAUGGCGGUAUUCGGUUUCGGUCCCCUCUUUUGGUCGAGCUAUGCGGAUUGGAAGGGUAGAAGACCGUUGUACUUGAUAUCUCUAGUGGUAUAUAUCAUCGCAAAUGUUUUGAUGGCUGUCCUUCCGACGAACUUUGGUGCUCUGGUGUUUCUGCGCAUCGUCCAAGCAUUUGGCUCAUCGGCGGUAGUGUCGAUGGGUGCCGGUACAGUCGCUGAUAUCACGGAACCCAAGCGACGUGCCCGGGCCAUGUCAUACUUCAUGUUGGGCCCUCAGUGCGGUCCUAUUUUGGGUCCGAUUCUGGGAGGCGCAAUCGUUGGUCAAGCAAGCUGGAGGUGGAUUUUCGCAUUCUUGGCAAUACUGGCGGCUGUGCUUUGGCUCAUCAUGCUUCUAUUCCAGCCGGAGACUCUUCGAGCCCGACCCUUUCUCCUGCCUCGCCCCCUCCCCCGAGCGCGGCCCCCUCCCCCGAAGCCUACGCUAAAAGGCUACUGGCGUCUCUUUACUUACCCUCCCAUCGGUAUUGUCUCUGUCAACACCGCCAUUCUCUAUUCGUCAUAUUUCGGGAUCGCGGUCCAGCUUCCGACAGCGCUGGAGAAUGUUUAUCACUGGAACUCAACCCAGGUCGGGGCUGGAUAUAUUGCCAUUGGUGUUGCGAUGGUUGUGGGCUCCAUUGUUGGCGGUCGAGUAUCCGACUGGCGUCGAGCUCGCAUGGUCAGGGCCCUCGGAGAAGAUCAAGUCACUCCGGAGACCAGGCUUCGAGACCAAAUUGGAGGCAUAUUGCUCUGCGUCGCUGGUCUAGCAAUGUUUGGCUGGUUUGUUGAUAGGGCAAUUCAUCCGGCAGCAGUGCUGGUGUCAACAUUUCUGGGUAUGUCUGCCUCCCUUGGCGAGGUUCACGUGGGAUUUGGAAUGUCUUGGAUUUUCGUGACGACUAAUGCUUUCCUUACCGAAUGUAUCCGCCAGCAGGCUGCCCAGGCCUUUGCAUUGGGAAACAUGCUUCGCAGCCCUGCGGCGGCAGUUACUGCAGCGAUCAUUCAUCCACUGACCUCGGGUCAGCAAUGGUCAUCCUACGUGUCAAGUCGCCUGAGUGGAGAAGGAGAAGUGUUGUCUGCCGCUGGAGAAAGUAGCUCCGACCUUGGAACCGAGGAUGAGAGAAGAAAAGCCCUACUCCAAUCUUUCACACCGGAAGAGGACAAGCGAAUCCGGAGGAAGAUUGACAGGAGGUUCUUGUUUUUGAUUGGCAUGAUGUAUAUUAUCAAAACUAUUGAUUAUACCAAUGCGGCCUCCGUCAAGGUGUUGCAGGUUGGAGAGGACCGCAAUGUGUUAAACGAACUUAAGAUGACAUCGGACGAAUACAAUUGGGUCCAGUCAAUUUAUUUCAUCAGCUACAUUGUCUUCGAAGUCCCGAGCAAUCUUUUACUGAAGCGGCUCACGCCGCGCCUAUGGCAGUCGCGAAUCAUGUUAACCUGGGGUAUUGUCCUAGCCUGCCAUGCGGCAGCAAAGAACAAACAAACUCUUUGGGCGCUGCGCUUUCUCUUAGGGAUGUGCGAAGCAGGCAUGUUUCCCGGUAUAGCGGCGCAGCUAUGCGGUUGGUACCGCAGCGAUGAGAUGGGCAAGCCCAUCAUGUGGAUGUUCGGCUUUCAGAACACGUCUGGAAUUGUAGGUUCGCUAUUAGCAUAUGGAAUAUCAUAUAUGAACGGGUUAUGUGGAAUGAGCGCAUGGCGAUGGGUUUAUUUAUUAGAAGGUCUAUUCACCAUCCUCUUUUCCGGAGUCAUCUACUUUGUCCUACCGGACUGGCCUAAGUCUCCCAGGACCAGGAAGUGGCUUUCAGAACGAGAACAGGACUAUGUCGAAGCACGACUAUCCGAGAACGCACCCAAAACAGCAGACUCCGACUUUUCCAAAGAAGAAGUGAUCGCAUCGCUCAAGGAUCCACGAACCUAUGCCUUCAUGCUAUCCCAGGUUCUCGUCAAUUUCUCAGGAUACGCCUUAACAUGGGAGCUUCCGACGAUCACCACCAGCCUUGGAUUUGCCGGGCUUCCACGCAAUCAGUUGCUAAAUAUCCCGCCAUCUGCGGCGGCAGUUCUGGCGAUUAUCUUCUCAGGCUGGUUCCUGAAACAGGCAUAUCUGACUCGCCCUGCAUAUACCAUGUUUUGUAUCAUGGGGCCGAUGCUUGUUUUUUUCAUUUUGCUAACGGUCUUGGAAUCCCGUGUCGGGAUCUAUAUCUCGUGCGUGCUGGGCAAUAUGUUUUAUUCGGUAUAUUUCAUUCCGUUCUGGGCAUGGCGAACAUCAUCUCUAAAAGGCACUACUGGCGCCGCAUUCACGUUAGCUUUCCAGUCAUGUGUUGGUCAAGUCGGCGGCGUUAUUGGACCGCAACUUUUUCAGUCCAAGUUUGCAUACAACGGAUAUAAAACCCCAUUCGGCAUAUGUGCCGGUGUAAUUGGUGCCGCCUGUCUAGCGAACCUAUGGACGUGGUGGUUGACAAGGAAUGUUGAGUGGGAUGUCCGUAGAAUCCGUCGGUUAAGAAUUAAGGAGGAGAAGCAGGGCCGUAUAUAUGCCGAGGACGAUGUAAAGGUCUAUCAGGAGCGGCAGUUCUACAAAGGGGUGACAAAGAAGGAAUCUGAGACGAAUGUGGCUGAUGCAGUAUAA